UUCGCUGCGUAAAGUCUCCUCCCCGCGACCGCUACAUUCUGCGCCGAAACCCAGUCUCUCCCGGUCCGUAUUUUAACUUCUUCCCACAGACCUACUGGUACCUCGUUGGGUACCGGGAGAUAGUUUGGAUCGCCAACAUCACGGAUUGAGUGUGAUUUUGUACGGAUGACGACUCCUUCAACAAGAAUUUAGUAAAAGAAAAUUGGUCGGAAAUUUCAGAUGAUGUGGUGGGGAUCCUAACUUCAGCAUCCUGGAAGUAGAAAGCACAGAAGACCUGUGUCUACAACAACAGACAGGAGCAGUGGUCAGCCAGAGCGGAGCAGAGGAGCAGAGCUCUGGGGAGGAGGCGGUGCGGCAGCGUGCCUCUCCGGCUGUGGAAGUGCUGGGUGCUGACCCCCAGGCUGCACACAAUGUGGCUGGGGAGUCACUUCAGCAUGCCCCGCAGCCGGUCACAGCUGCCCCCCGCCCAGUACCUCCUUCCUCUAAAACGCUCGCAGUGCCAUUGCUGGAUGGUGAAAGUCUUGCAUUUGUCAACACAGAGAAGUUCGCUUCACCCGCCUUGUAUGAGGACUUACCAGCCGAGGGAGACAGGCCCUCAGAAUCAGAACUUAUGGAGGAAAGAUUUGCCAACAUUGCAGGAGUCUUUUCAACAUCCUCUACUGAGGACUGCAAUCCCUCUGAAAUGCAAAGGCACCCAUCCUCCUGUUGUCCUCCUCUCUCCUCAGACAUACAGCUCAGCAACACAGUGCUGCAAUACGGGUCCCAAACUAUUGAAGAGAAAAGCCCCUCAAAUCAGACUAAGCAGAGUCAACCAGCAAAAGAGGCUGGAAUUGUGGAUAUUCAAGGGACACAAGAGAAAACAUCUUUCACUUUGGAAAUUAAACCAGAAACGGCUGUUAAAGAGUACACAGGUGAAAAUGUUAUCUCACAACCAUUUUCUUUCCAAACUUCAACUACUGCCUCACAAGCCAGUGUUGAAGUCCAAGACACAGCAAACAAUAGGGCUAUCGAAGAGGAGCUGCUCACCAAAAUUGUUACUGAACAGAACUUUCAAUCACAAACUCUCAGCGCGCCCUUAUUUCACAACAAUGAGAGUGAACAAAUUGACAUGCCACAAACUGAGAUCUCACACUCUGAGCCCACAUCGGAACCUGAAACUGUCAAUGUUCCAAACUUCCACCAAGCGCAGGACGGGGACCAUGAGAGCAUGAGUCCUGACCAUGUUCUGGACACUGCUGCUACAGUCCAGUCAGAAAGCAUCUGUAUUCAGGACACUUUCACUAAACCUUCCUCUGCUCCCCUUUUAGUCGGGACAGACCUCGUAGUGUCAUUACAGACGGAGCAGGGAACCUCCACGGAACAAGUCGGCUCCACUGAAAUGCCACUAAUAGCUCAGAUUGUGCACUCAUCGGACGCUCAUGAAAUCGUGGUUGUCCGAGAGGACGGGGAUUGGUCUGGUGUACAUCUCAACCAGAGUUACCUGCUCCAACGGGAAGAUGGCACUGUUUGCCAAGCUGCUAUUAUCAAUGACCUGGGCUCAGAGCUGUCCGCUGGGGAGACUGUACACCUGGACUCUCAGUCUGUGGAGGUGUAUCAGUUUUGUGACCUGGUGGAGGAGGUGGCAGAGGAGACAGUGUGUGGCAGCAGUGGUAUUCAGAUCCCCCAUUCUCCAGGUUAUGAAGUGAACUUGUUUAAUGCAUUACUGGACAACUCGGAUGACUUUUCUGUCAAAGAAGACCUAGAAUCACAAAUGGAUACAACUUUUCACACUAUUGAUGAAAGUGAUGGUGUUAUAAUAUCUCAACAGGCUGUGCUUUCAUCACAUGAUGGAAAUCAAAUAGUCACAUGUACUAGCAGUGACUGUCAUACUAUGUCCAUACAAAACACUGGUGUUGCUGCUGUCCAGCAACACUUGAUAUUGGAUGCUUGCCAGUCAGGAGCAAACUCAAAUGAGGUUUGUUUAGUUGAAGUAGCCGCUGUUACAUCUGAUUCCUUUGCUGUUGAACAGGCAAGCACUAGCACAGAGGCCCUGGGCUCUUGCACACAGUUGGUAAUGGCUGCAGACCAGUCAGAGGCUCUUCAGAAACAGGAACCAGAUGUAACGGCGUCUUCUCUAACAUCUCCAUUACAAGUGGUCAGUGCUGCAGUGCAUGUGGACGGGCAACCAUCUUUAAGCCACUCCUCAGGAGUUACUGUUGUAAGUGCUGCAAAGCUUGAACCCUGUGUUUCUUCACAUGAAGAGGGCAAAGAAACUGCUACAACAGCUUUGCAAACAAUACACACUGUUGUUGUGACCACAUCAACAGAGACAGCCUGCCCUUCUCCCUUUCUGGGUCAGAUAAACCCAAAGUUGCUCAUUCUCAAACCCGGGACAAGUCCAGUCCUCAAAGCCCCUGCCUCCAUCGUGGCUCAGGUGACCAGGGCACAGAACGCCCUCAGCACGGGCAGCGUGUCUGAAGAGUGCCUUUCUCACACAGGCUCCUCUGUGGCUCCUUGCAGCCACAAUGAGCAGACAAACUGCUCUGUCAAAGCUCCGGUCCCUGCUCUUCUCACUGCAUCUGGUUCCUCCAAAAGUGACACCCUAACAGAAAACUUAAAUGGAAACAAUUCUGGUUCACAAAACUCUACAGAUGCCCCUGUGGUAGUUUUUGAACCAUCUCAAAUGGACAGUACUGCUGUGACUGAAACUAGCUUUAACAACACUAUUAUCAGCCAGCCUGACUCGUUAGCUGGGGAGGGUGAGGAUGAGGGGGAAGAGGGGGAGGAGGAGGAGGAGGAGGGGGUGGAUGGGGAUGAGGAGAUGGAACAGGAUGAAGAUGCUGGAGAUGGCUCUGUGGACGAGGGCAGUAGUGAAGAAGAAGGCAGUGUCGAAGAACCAGAGGGUGACAGACCUGAGGGUGAUGUGACCUCACCAGCUUCUCCACAUAAGCAUGGCCAGAGCAGGACAGACAGAAAGGCACUGUUCCUGAAGGUGCGCCAGUGGAUUGCCGAUAGAGUGUCAAUGAAUUCUUCUCCGGGGUCCCCCUCUCCUGGCCCAUCUUCCAGCAGUGAUUGGUCCACGCCGAGGCUGGACAGGUCCUCUCCUCUGCGGGGGUCUCAUGGAAAGUUUGUUUCACCACAGGAUCAAAGCACACCCCAUCGAUCCCGGGGUGAACGACACUCCGAUAUGGCAGAGCAGGCUAAACAUGAAGCAGACAUCGAGCAUCGGACGCAGGCACUGAAGCGAGAGGGCUUUUGGUCAAUGAAGCGCCUCACUCGUCUGACAGAGCCUCCGCGACCCAAAGUGCACUGGGAGUAUCUGUGUGAGGAAAUGCAGUGGCUGUCCGCUGACUUCGCCCAAGAGAGGCGCUGGAAAAGAGGCGUUGCCAGAAAGGUUGUGCGGAUGGUAAUGAGACACCAUGAAGAGCUGAGACAGAAAGAGGAAAAAGCAAAGAGGGAUGAACAGUCAAAAAUAAGGAAAGUUGCUGCAUCAAUUGCGAAGGAAGUGCGGGCGUUUUGGAGUAGCGUUGAAAAGGUUGUCCAGUACAAGCAGCAAUCUAGACUUGACGAGAAAAGGAAGAAGGCUUUGGAUCUGCAGCUGGACUUUAUUGUGGGACAGACAGAAAAAUACUCAGAUCUUCUAAGCCAGUCUCUCGCACCCAUCUCCAAACCUUCAGAGUCUGAUGCUGCUUCACCCCAAAAAUCUCAACCUAUUCCUGUGGAUGAAGAUGAUGGAGACUUUGAGCCUCAAUGUGAAGAAGAGGAUGAUGAGGAGACUAUUGAGGUUGAAGAGCAGCAGGAAGGCAAUGACGCUGAGAGCCACCGCAAAGAAAUCGAGCUUCUGAAAGAGGAGGGCAAUCUUCCUCUGGACCAACUGCUCAGCACGCUGAACCUGCCCCAGGAUGGAGGCUCGGAGGCGGAAGGCUCUGACCAGUCAUCUUCGUCUGCCGAGGAGGAAGAUGAAGACCGGGAAUUUACAGCAAAUGAAGAAGAUGCUGAGGAUGAGGAGGACACCAUAGCGGCCCAGGAGAAAGUCGAAGGAAAUGUGGAUCACUCUGCAGAGUUGGAUGACUUGGCCAAAGAAGGGGAUAUGAGCCUUGAAGAGCUGCUUGAGAAGUACAAAGGGGCUUAUGCAUCUGACUUCGAAGAACCAUCUGCGUCUGCUUCCAAAGCGAGCUCUGAUACUGAAGUGUCUGGGGACGAGGAGGAGGAGACCGAGGAAGAUGAGAGUGAUGUUGAGAGCCACACGUCCUCCUCAGAGUCACCUGGGGACAGUGAGGAAGAGGAUAGUGCAAAAGAAGACAGCGCUGAAGAUGAUAACUCUGGUGAUGAAGGAAUGGAGAUCUUAUUAAAAGAAGGAGACCAUAGCCCCACGUCCUCUGGCUCUCGACCCAAGAAAGACAUGAGCCACAUCGCUGCUACUGCUGAGAGCCUCCAGCCCAAAGGCUACACUUUAGCUACAACUAAGGUGAAAACGCCGAUUCCUUUCCUCCUUCAUGGCACAUUACGAGAAUACCAGCACAUUGGUCUCGACUGGUUGGUAACAAUGUUUGAAAAGAAACUCAAUGGAAUUCUGGCUGAUGAAAUGGGUUUGGGCAAGACAAUUCAAACUAUUGCCUUGUUAGCUCACCUUGCUUGUGAAAAGGGUAACUGGGGUCCACAUCUUAUCAUCGUUCCCACCAGUGUCAUGUUGAACUGGGAAAUGGAGCUGAAACGCUGGUGUCCUGGCUUUAAAAUACUCACAUAUUUUGGGAGUCAAAAAGAAAGAAAGCUUAAAAGACAGGGCUGGACCAAGCCUAAUGCAUUCCAUGUGUGUAUCACUUCAUACAAACUGGUGCUGCAGGAUCACCAGGCAUUCAGGCGAAAGUCCUGGCGCUACCUGAUCCUGGACGAGGCACAAAACAUCAAGAAUUUCAAGUCCCAGCGUUGGCAGAGUCUUCUCAAUUUCAACAGUCACAGACGGCUGCUGCUGACUGGGACCCCCCUGCAGAACAGCCUGAUGGAGCUGUGGUCCCUCAUGCACUUCCUGAUGCCUCACGUCUUCCAGUCGCACCGUGAGUUCAAAGAGUGGUUCUCCAAUCCGCUCACCGGGAUGAUCGAAGGCAGUCAGGAGUACAACGAGGGCCUGAUCAAGAGGCUCCACAAAGUGCUGCGACCUUUUCUGCUACGGAGGAUUAAGGCCGAUGUGGAGAAGCAGAUGCCCAAGAAAUACGAGCAUGUGGUGCGCUGUCGGCUGUCCAAGAGGCAAAGGUUUCUCUAUGAUGACUUCAUGUCACAGGCCUCGACUCGGGAGACUUUGGCCAGUGGCCACUUCAUGUCUGUGAUCAACAUUUUGAUGCAACUCCGUAAAGUGUGCAACCACCCCAAUUUGUUUGACCCUCGUCCAAUCCAGUCACCUUUUAUCACAAAGCCCAUUGUUUUCCACACGGCCUCACUUGUGCACGAAGCCCUAGAAGUGUCACCUUUCCAGCGCUGUGAUUUGUCCAUAUUUGACCUCAUUGGUCUGGAGGCCCAUGUAUCUCGUUAUCAGGCUGAUGUAUUUAUGCCAAAGCACAAAGUUAACCGCCAACUGAUCCAGGAGAUCGCAGACUCUCCUGAACCUUUUCCUAGACCCAAACCAAUCAAAAUGAAAGUCGACAGGAUGGUCCAUCCUCCUUCUAAAAGUGAAAGCAGGUCAGUUGUGAACAAACCCACCAGCCCAGUGCCUCCUGCCGUACCACCCCCCAAACCGUUUCCUGUCGCUGAAGCCCCUCCUACAACUACUGCCCCUGCACCUGCACCUGUCCCAGCAGUUCAACAAGUGGUCUGUUCUGUGGCACCCACCCCAACUGUUCGCCCAGCUGUUCACCCCCAAACAGCUGUGAGGUCCAGCACCCCUAAACCUGUGCUGACAGUGAGACCUCCAGUGACCCCCGGGACACAGGGUAUCCCUGCGCAUCCCAGUCCGAGCAGCGUGAUGCCCCAGAGAGUGCUGCUCAGUCCGGACAUGCAAGCACGACUGCCAUCUGGUGAAGUAGUCAGCAUAGCCCAACUCGCCUCUCUUGCUGGGAGACCUGUGUCGUCAUGCCAGGGUAGCAAACCGGUCACCUUUCAGCUUCAGGGCAACAAGCUGACUCUGUCUGGAGCACAGAUUGCAACUCCAAGGCCAGUCCAGGGUAAUGUGAUGCACCUUGCUGUGACCAGUGGGGGGCAGCACCAUCUUAUAAGCCAGCCUGCACAAGUCACUGUUCAAACCACAUCCAACACACAUCCUGUAAAUACCGCUUCUUCUGCUCCCAUUGUGAAUCGUUUGCCUCCAAAUGCCUCUUCACAAGUGCCCUCUUCAGUUGUGAGCAGUUCAGGAGUUGUCAAGAUUGUUGUACGUCAAUCUGCAGGCAAGGAUGGCGGGCCCGUGCCAACUUUGGCCGUGGCCCCUUCCCCCCGUGUUGCCCCCCAGCCUGCCCCUGUACAGUUUCCCAGUAGCACUCCCGUAAGAAGCACUCCCAUCGCCAGACACACUGCCCCCAUACAAAUUGCUCACCGCACCCCGGGUCCCGCCACGGCCCACUACACCAUAGCUCCUCCUCCCAGAAUCCCCAGCGCCAUCCCCAGUCAGUCCCAACCCCCACCUCCUCGUCCCAUCCUGAAAGUAGUGCAACCUACCCAAACUACCGCACCAACCACACAGCAGCCAGCUCCAGUCCAGGCAGCACCCACUCCUGCACCCAAAACUCCAGCACCACAAGCAACUGAUAAAAGCAGUAGCACCAAUCAGACUUCAAGUCCACCCAAAUCAAAACCUGUUGCAACGACAAAGGCCCUACUGCAACCUCGGAAAGUGCCUCACCCACCCCCUCGUUCUCCCUUCUACUUGCCAUCUCUAGCAGAAAGCCUGAAGCAGCAGCGUGAAAGCAAACUAGACCUAAUCAUGCAAGUGAAUGAACGGCGCUGUGGGGCAAAGCCUGUGUAUGGACGAGAGGUGUUGGACUUCUUGACGUUUCUCUCUGGUCCUGCUGUUUCUCCAGUCCCCCUCGGCUCUCGUCCUCACUGGGGUCGCUCAGGACACAGCAGCUGUCUCUACGCACAAAGUAAAGACAACUUCUGGUACCAAAGUCGUGCUGUACAAGACGGAAUCUUCAGCAUAGAGGAUCGGCUCCAGCAGCUCAAAGACAUUAUUGACAGGUUCACGUUCGUCAUUCCUUCAGUGGAGUGUCCUCCCAUCUCGAUGCACUGCUGCCAUCCUCCUCCGUCUCAGACUCACAAACAGACAGUCUUCAGCUCCAUGCUCUCGGCCGAAGUUGCUCCACGCAUCCGCAGCCUGCACCGAAUACAAGCCAACAUGAGGACGCAGUUCCCAGAUCUGAGACUCAUACAAUACGACUGUGGUAAACUGCAAACUCUCCACACGUUGCUGAGGGAGCUGAAGACAGGGGGUCAUAGAGUUCUGAUUUUCACCCAGAUGACACGAAUGUUGGAUGUUCUUGAGCAGUUUCUGAAUUACCACGGCCACAUUUACCUUCGCUUGGAUGGCAGUACCCGAGUAGAGCAGAGACAAGCCCUUAUGGAGAGAUUCAACGCAGAUCGGCGCAUUUUCUGUUUCAUCCUGUCGACUCGUAGUGGAGGAGUGGGAGUGAAUCUGACUGGAGCCGAUACUGUUAUUUUCUAUGACAGCGACUGGAACCCCACAAUGGACGCUCAGGCGCAGGACAGGUGUCACCGUAUUGGACAAACCCGGGAUGUACACAUUUACAGGCUGAUCAGUGAGCGCACAGUGGAGGAGAACAUCUUGAAGAAAGCCAACCAAAAAAGGAUGUUAGGAGACAUGGCAAUUGAAGGGGGAAACUUCACCACGGCCUUUUUCAAAGAGCAAACUAUUCGUGAGCUGUUUGAUGUCAAUGAUGGAGAAAAGAGAGAGGCAGCAGUAGAGCUGACUCUGCCACCCGCUGAAGAGGAGGAAACUGUCAACAAACAAAGCACCACUAUACUUGAGCAGGCUCUUUGUCGUGCGGAGGAUGAGGAGGAUAUUGUAGCUGCGUCCCAGGCCAAAGCUGAGCAGGUUGCGGAACUGGCAGAGUUUAAUGAGAAUAUUCCUCUGGACGACGGCGGCGAAAACGAGGAAGUGGAGGAGAUGUCAAAGGCAGAGCAGGAAAUAGCAGCACUGGUGGAGCAGCUCACUCCGAUUGAGCGUUAUGCUAUGAAUUUCCUGGAAGCUUCAUUGGAAGAUGUUUGCAAAGAGGAACUGAAACAAGCAGAAGAGCAAGUAGAAGCUGCCAGAAAGGGACUUGACCAGGCUAAAGAAGGGGGCCUGAAGUUGCAUCCUUCAUCUGAUGAUGACGAGGAUGACUUCCUGUCAACUUCAGCAUCAGCUGAACCUGCCCCAACACCAGCUCGUCGCGGCCGAAAACCCAAAGACAAAGAAAAGGUUGUUGCGUCCACCAGAACCAGUGGGCGGCUGCGAGGGGCCUCCCCCGAAAUGGAGUCUGAGCCGACCACGCCCAGAGAAGUGCCUCGCUCCGGGAGAGGUCGACCACCGAAAGACCCUGGCACUGCCACUCCUGCACGCACUGACCAUCACAAGACCAGGUCCCAGGACUCGAAAACGCCUAAAGCUGCAUCACCUGCCAGGGAACAAUCGACUGUUAAAACCAGAAGUCAACCAAACCGCACUCAGCCCAGUCAAGUGCCUUCUCCACCUACAGCGUCUCCUCCAAAAAGACAGCAGCCCUCCGCCACAGAAGCUGAAGGCAAAGUCUCCAAAUCAGUUAAAGGAGAAAACGAAGGCAGCAAUGAAAAGGAGCGGAGGUUCUCAGAGUCAUCACUAGACUCCAGUGGUGCAGCUGAUAAUCCAACAAUAGAUGAAGAUAAGAAAGACCAAAAUGCAAUGUCUCCUCCUUCCAGCUGCUCGCGCUCCCCUCGUAAACGGGUGACAGCUGAUGAUGAAAUCCUGAAGGGUCGAGAUGAAGACUCACCCUCCGCCAAAGUGCUGCGCAAACUGCCGGGACGACUGGUCACUGUGGUGGAGGAGAAAGAACCACGGAAACGAAAGAGAAGAACAAGUGGAACAUGUGGCUCAUCAGAGGAGAUGAAUACAGAGGAGCACACUGACAACCCCCCAAAUACAGAUAAAGACAAACCAGCUUCUAGUCCUGAGAGUAAAACAAAAGAAUCUACAGAGAAGCCAAAGGAGCCAGAAAGUCCUAUCUUACCCCCUGUUAGAAGUUACCCACCGUACUCCCCUCCGCAUUUAUCCCCUGACAUGCCCGUGCUGAGGAACCUACCUGUGCGGCGCAGAGUAGAGACUGAAAAUCGCUUGGCGGCCCAAAUGGGAGAGCUCUUUGGGAGGGGCCGAGGAGCCAAUCAACACCGUAAAUCUGACACAACGCAAAGCAAAGACUCAUCUCAGGAGGCAAAUUCAAACUCUACACCUGCAAAACGAAGAAGGGGUCGACCGCCAAAAAGCUCUCCUGAUAAUGCAGAGUCCCCCUCACCGCAGCCCACCUCCCCGACUGAGACUAGUAAUCUCACCCUAUCUCCAAAACGCAAGAGAGGACGUAACAGUAAAGAUUCUUCAGCAGAUAUAGAGAGCACAGAGCAGAGUAAGACUGAUGAAACAAAUCCAAAAACAGAUGGUGCGCAAACACUCCCUGACAAAUCUGAAAAUACUGUUGAAGCUUCAGUUGGCAAAGCUGGUAAAGAUGGGACACCUAAAGAUGAUAAAUCUGACACAAAUACAGAAAAGGUGUCUUCAAAUUUAUCACAAGACAUUACUCCAAAAACUAAUGAAGAAGAAAAGACAUCUGCUCCUGAACCUACCCCACCCACAGAUCAAGAAAUUUCACCUUCAACAGCAGUGCCCAAUGUAGUCACACCAAAAGACAGUUCAGAGCAAGAUAAAGGGAACAAUCUUGAAAUAAUUUCUUCUCCCCCCUCCAUCACAGCAUUGACCUCUACAAUCAGUCCAGACACAACCACAGUAAACUCUUUGCAUACACCACCUGCUAAAGGAUCCAAUGUAGAUUUGGCAAAGGCUGAAACAUCGGAACCAACUCCAACUGUUGCUCCUCCAUCACCUGUGUUAUCUCUGGAUCCGAACGACAAAAUUGUGUCUGCUACAAGAGACAAAGAAAUGGAUACAACCACAAAAAGAGAUUCACCACAGGCAACUACUUCUCAAUCUAGUUGCAAUGCUUCAACAACACUGUCCUCUACAACUACAGCAAUUACAAAUACUACAACAAGUUCUUCAAAAGCACCAGCAGUUGAAACAUCAUCACCUACACCCUCGCCUUCGACAGAAACUGCUGUUCAACUAGAUACUGUUGUCAAUGCCCCAGUUACCAUAGCAACAACUGCUUCAGUACCAGAGACCAACAAAUCUGUUCAAAGUUUGCCAAAUUCAGCACAAAUUCUAUUUGCUGUAACCACUCCUCCUCGAGAAAAGGUCAUAGCAUCUGGAGACAAAACAGAAUUGUUCUCUAAAGAACAACCGGCAAAACCCCCGGUUACAACUUCUCCUGCUCCAGUUGCAACUACAGUUCUACCUACUACUACUGCUACUGCUCAAAGUUCUACUACAUUGACAACAACUACCAAUACUACUUCUUUACCGGUCAAUGCAAUAAGUUCAACUACUACAAUUCCAUCCUCUCUAAAGACAGAUCCUCCAAUAACCAAAAUUCAAAGCCCUCCACCUAUCCCCUCACUGGAAAUCAAAGAAAAAGAUACUUUACCCAAGGAACAAGAGGCAAUAAUUUCAUCUGCAGAAAAAGGCCCUGAGAAGACGCAACAAGAUUCUGUCAAAAUGGUGUCCACGUCUGAGGUGACAGACAUGGAAGUUGAGCAGGAGAAAAAGCAAGAAACUUGUGAAAUUAAGAGGAAAAAAGCUGAGACUUCAUCAGAGGCUGAAGAAACAGAUAAAGAAGGUGAUAUUAAAAUUUCAAAUCAGAAAGACAGCAAGCAGCGUGUAAUGGAUGAGCUGUUAGCCAAUCCAAAGAGAGUUCUCAGUCGCCAAAGCAGUCAAGAUUCAACCAGAUCCUCCUCUCCAUCUUCUGGUUGUUCAACUCACACUCUCACACGCCACGCCCAUCACAAGAAAACCUACGAAAACAGGAACCCGGCAAAGAGGAGGCGCGUAGAUGUCCCUGCAUCUGAACCUAAAACGGAGGAGAAGAAAGUGCAAGAGGGGGACAAGGAGACAAAAGAUGAAAAACAGCAAGAUGAAAAACAAGAGGAGAGCAAGAAUGAGGACACAAAGACACCAGUACAGAGACGCCGUUCCAGGUCUUCAUCAUCUUCAUCGGAUUCAGACACAGACAGUAAAAAGGAACAUCGCUUAACCCGAUCAGCAAAGAGGAGGAUGCAGGACCAUGACAGUGACAGCAACAGGCAGGUGAAGAAAGCCACUCGGGACAGGAACAGUGUGAAUGCAUCAACUGGAGGUGAAUCUGGUAGUGAUGGCUCUUCAGUGAGGAGCUCAAGGAAAAAAGACACAGACACAAAAACCUCAACGGCACCUCCUGCCCCUCCCCCGGAGCCGGAGGUCUUGGGAAAGAGGUGCUCUGCUCUGAAUGCUGCCGCAAAACUUCUAGCCAUGAAAGGCAGCGUGGAUACACCAGGCCACACCCCCAGGAGAGAUUCAGCAGCCAGAGCCAAUGCAGCUAAAGACAAGAGCGAAAAGGCUAAAAGCAAAGCGGCAGCCUCAUCGCCUUCGAGUAACUCUUUUGCAAAAAAUACUACCAGUAAAAACAGUGAAAAGGAAACUGCCAGCAAGCCCUCAACUCCAAAUCAGUCCAGUCGCACAGCCACUCGGUCCACCCGCCAAUGUCCCGGUUCACUCGUCCCACCUCUUGAAGCAGAGUACAGAAAGCCCAAAGGAGAGGAGAAGGAGAGCAGGAAGUCCUCAGGGGGCAAAGAGGGUGAGAGAGAGGCACGUCGUUCGUCCCGGGGUAACAGUGCUUGUAGCAGUAUCAGCAGUGAUGAAGGAGAGGGCAGCCGGAGCAGCAGCAACAGCAGCCAAAGGACUCGCAGCAUCAGCUCCCAGAAUGCCGACCGGCGUGGGUCCCGUUCUCGGGCCACGUCCUCUGGCAGCGAAAGAGAUCGCAGCUCAGAGCGGUCGAAAAACACAGACAAAAAAGACAAACGGGACGGGAGGGAGAGCAGGAGAGAAAGUCGGAGGUCGAACAAACUGCAGAAUGAAGUGACCAGUAGUUCAGGGGCUGAGGGGACGCCUGAUAGAGUACUGCGGAGCGUGGCGGCCCUCGCGGCGGCACAAGCACGAUCCCCAGCUGCUAGCACGCGCUCCUCUGCUAGCCAAAAUCGAAAUAAGACCUGAAUCUAUCCAAAAAACAGGGAAAACACAAGUGUUAUCGGUCAGCAUGUCGUUGGGGUUUGUUUGCACUCGUGACAACGUCAGGGAAGUUAAUUCUGCACAUGACCUCCCUGCCUCCCUCUGCAAUCGGAGCUGAUCUCAUCCUCAUAGACUGGAAGAGGAACUGCUCUGCUGGAAGUGAAUAAAAUAUCAGCAUUGUGGUGUGUCCUUAAACCAGUGAGGGAAGAACAGUGAAAAGACAGACUCUGGUCCAAGUGGAAAAGACAUAUCACAUGUACUGUAAUCAAAAGGUCCGGACGCUCAGAUCUUGUGAUGUAGUUGCGGCAUAGGGUAACACUGCACCCCACAGUUCGGGUCCUAAAUGUGAUCAUAUUAACAGUACUUUCGAGUGACCCGUUGUAUUGUCAAGUUGGAGGCCUUGGAGUAUUUUAAUUGAAAAAUCUUGUCGGCAGUCCUGGCUAUCUUUUCUUUAUAGUCAGUUGAUAAGUUAUGCAUAUUUUAUUAUUUCUUCCUGGGUAGAAGGAAGAUAUCAGAUCCAGUCGUGUGAUCUUUGCUGCACUAUGUUGGAGCGUGGCCCUUUUUCACUUCACAAACCCUUCAUUGGACUCAAAAAUCCAGCCAACAAUUUCUGAUUUGCACAUCUGUUUUGGGGCCUCUACCUUUAGAAAGAUUGUGGUGAUUAACUUUAGUCAUUUGGUCCUGGAUACCACAACAGUGCAUAACUUGAUGUAUCAAUUGAACAUGUAAAUUAUCCUCGGAAAGUUACAUUUGAAAGCUGCAGGAUAUAAUUUCUAUAUUGUCCCAAAGGCAAAUGUUGUUAUGGUCAAGUUUGUCAUGUAUUUUAUUGUAUAUUAAAAGGCAAGUACUUGUAGUAAAAAUAAUGAGUGCCUCUUUGGCCAAUGGGUUUGAACCUUCAAUUGCCUUGUGAUGCACCAGAAGCAGGGUUGUUAAGCUUCUUGCAUUGUUGUAAAUGAAAAACCAAAUUUGAAAAAAAAAAAAAAAAGAGAAAAAUCUGUGUAACCCUGGAAACAUUGAGGAGAGCACUCGGUCAAGUCAGUGCUGCUUUACUUUACAACAUAUUUGUCUCCAUUAAACCAUAGCUCUCAUUCAUGUAAAAAAAAAACAUGGAAAUAUGUGAAUAAAAACGACUGGUACAGUUCCAGACGACUGUAUAUUGAUUUUCUUUGUCAAAGAUGUUUCAAACAGGUGACAUUUCGAGGGAUGGGUAGUUUAUGGUGAUGGUCUUAUUUUGAGUUGUCUGAUUCAUUUGUUGCAUUCCUUUGAUCCCUUGUAUUUCCACAUUGUUUUACUUGAAAAAUUAAGACAAUUACAGUUGAAUAAAAGACCAAAAAAUA